UAUCAUCAGUUAGAACAGUAGGACUUGCUGUUUCUUCGCCAAAUACGCGGCGCAAGUUGCAUUUAUUUAUUAUCUGAUAUAGUAAAUAUCAGCACCUUCGGUCACCAAGUUCCAUACGUUUCAGUUCUAGCAUUCGCUAGAUUACAUUUUACUCCAAGUAAAUGAUAUACUUGAGUUUGCGAUAGCAAUCCUUGUAGUUACUUUUGUCAUUUUUUAGUUCUUACUUAGAUUAGCUUUAUCCCGUGGAGGAGGGAGGAAAUAUUCGGCAAAGUAUUACGGAGGUGCUCAGCUUUUACGAUUGUGCUGAAAUUUUCAAUAGGCUGGCUAUGUAAGUAUCUUCUAACCUAAGUAACACAAGACAAGAGAAAUGAGUUUUAGUAAAGUAGCAGAACAGUUAAUGGAGGGUUAUAUGAAGAUCCCCAUGUCUUUGGAGCAACGGGCGCUUGAAAAUGUGGCCUUAAGAAUAUGUCAUAACUGUAAAUUAAAGCAACACAUUUUUUUCAUUCAGCUGAAAACUUCAGAUUCCCCUUCUGCUAAACAACUAAGACUGAAAUGGGAGGAAUCUAUUUUAAAAGAAUCUACAGAAGUGUGCAAGACACUGUUCCUGACACAUAAAAUCCAGGAACGUUUAAUUGUUCUUAUUCGAAAAAUAUCAUUACAGCUUUUAUUUUGGAGCGGUGUCUGGAAAGGAUUAUUUGAUAUUUCCUGCAAUUUAACGGCUGAUAUUUGGAUGUUAACUGAUUGGGCGGAUGGACGUCUAGAUGAGAGAAAAAUUGCUAAACAUAUUGUACUAGAUGAGAAAAUUUCAAAUUAUCAACGUUACAGAUUGAGUUGUGUGUAUUGUUUAGAGGAAUCAAUUUCUCAUUUGUGGAAUCAACUAUCAUUGAAAGAGAGAGCUUCGCUAAUACGGGAUGAUUACGGCUUUCCGAAAUAUAAAGUAAUCAAACUUUGGUCUAAAUAUAUGCAAAAUCCGAAUUUUCCUAAAAAUGAUAACUUUUUCCUAAAUCUCUUACACAAAGCAUUGUAUGAGUCGCUAAUUAGUAAAGCGGCAGUUGUUUUCGCUUGGAAUAAGUUAAGCAGUGUAACCAAAGAGAAACUUCUUGAAAUCAAUUGCAAUAUUGAAGAAUAUAUUGUUGACAACGAUGAUGAUGUUGCUAGUCACGAAAACGAACGUGACAAUAACCAUAUUGAUCACAAUGAAGAUCGUAAUAAUAAUGAUAAUGAGGAUGAUGAUAAUAAUGAUCAUUCUGAUGACAUGCUAUUUCGCUAUUUUAUUACUACCGUUGUAUUCCAUAGAAAAGUGGAACCUUUAAAAUACCUAUAUCCAUUCAUGGACGAUUUUAUAAUAUGGCUUCCUCACCCAUUUGGAUACUUAGAUGCGAUAUGCUUUCUUUUAUUACAAUUCCGAAAAUUCAGAGUUGCAUCUUUCCAAAAAUUGGCGAAAAGUUGCGAAAGUGUAAUAAAGAGUUUCCUAAACUGGCCUCCUACUGAUUUCACAACUGCAGAAUCCUGCCUCAAAAAUUAUUCGACUGAUAAUGAAACGAUAAAUAUUUUCUUUUCAUAACAAUUUUACAUGCGUGUAAAGCUUUAAAAUAUUUUAUCAAAAUAAUUCUGGAAUUUUACUUUUUAAAUUAAGAUGCGAAUUUUAAAGAAGACACCAUUUUAGCGGAUUUUAAAGAAGCCUCUUAAGAGUCUUAAAAUUUAAGGAAAAUAAUGCAGUAAGAAACAGCAUUCAUGAAUUUGAAAAUUUUGUAAGCUGUGUAUAUUUUUCUUAGACACAAUUCUGAACGGAAAUAAAUA